AAUUCAAAUGAUCAAUUACCAGCUUCAAAUAAUUUGUAUAGAUGUACAGUAUUGCUACUUUGUUUUGUUGUUUAGGCCAAACAUUCACAUGACAGUGGUACUAUUGUCAACCUCCUAUAACAUGAGGCCAGGUAUGUUUCUGGUUGCUUGCUCAAGUGUUUCUGCUGGGCCUUCAUAGUUGCGGCAGUGGCAAUGGCACCAGUUGUCCUAGGAGCGAUAGGAUUCACUGCUGGUGGGAUUGCUGCUGGAUCAUAUGCAGCAAGCAUGAUGUCUGCAGCGGCCGUGGUAAAUGGAGGUGGGGUAGCAGCAGGAGGUCUUGUUGCUGCUCUACAGACGGCAGGUGCUGCAGGGCUUUCAGGAGCGGCUACAGCGGCGGUGGGAGGUGCUGGAGCUGCGAUUAGUGGAGCCUUGGGAUGGGUGGCCGCAGGAGCAGGGUUCUCAGGAGCAGCAGCAGCUACUACAGCAGCUACGGCAGGUGCUGUAGGGCUCUCUGCAACGGCUACAGCAGCCGCGGGAGGUGUUGGAGCAGCAGUUGGGGGAACAGCAGGAUGGCUGGCUUCAAGGACUUGGACACCUGAAAAGGAGGAAGGAAAAGAUACAGGAGCAGCUACAGCAGGAGGUGCUGCAGGGCUUUCAGGAGAGUCUACAGAGGCUGUGGGAGGUGUUAGAGCAGCAGUUGUUGGAGCGUCUGAAGGGAAGGGAGGAGUCGAGGAGAGAGAGCUUUCAGGAACGACUACAGCAGCUGCAGAAGGUGCUGCAGGGCUUUCAGGAGAGGCUACAGAGGCUGUGGGAGGUGUUAGAGCAGCAGUUGGUGGAGCGGCAGAAUGGCUGUUCUGGCUGACGUCUAAAAAGGAGGGAGGAGAGUAAAGAGGGAAGAGAGGAAGAGAAGAGAUCCCGGAAGAAAAAUAACAUAUUGAUACUGCAACAUUCAUGAAAGUGUUUUGAAUGAUUUCAUAAUGGUGUUAUGAGUGCAUGUGUAUACCCCCUUUGGUGUUGCCAAACAUACAUAUAUAUCCACUCAACAUGUGGUUAGAGCGUUGGGCCAGUAACCGAGCGGUUGCUGGAACGAAUCCCCAAGCUGACAAGGUAAAAAGAAGUCGUUCUGCCCGUGAGAAAGGUAGUUAACCCAGUUCCCCGGACGCGGAAGACGUGGAUGUUGAUUUAGGCAGCCCCCCUGCACAAAGCAUAUUCUGUUUUAGGGAUUAAUAUGAAUUUAAAAUAAUUUGACAUGUUUUGUAUGAAUCAGGUCAUGAACAUAUGGACUUUGAAAUGAACAAGGGAGAGGUUAAAUGUAGGCUAAGUCUGGCAUAAGCAUGCAGCCAUAUAGUCCUAUGAUCGUAACGAUACAUACGUUCAAGCUUUUGGCAGCUACUGUAUCUGUCUCCAUACCAGAUAGCUGCCAAAUGGUUGAACAUACUGUAGGUAUCAUUAGGAUUCCGCAAGACACCAGUACUAAAAAUGAUAGCCUAAAUUGCAAUGCCUACAAGUUGAAGGCCUAUUUGUUUAUUUGGAUAGGCCUAAAUUAAACAUUGAAUUAUUCAAGUAAUAGGCUUAAGAACUUUGGAGAAUUUAGAUGAUUUUGAAUACACACUUGGAUUUCAAUAAACAAAAGGUUAAGACUGUU